UUAAUUUUCAUUACUAUUUAAUAUUCUAUCCUAUGAAUAAUUUGCAGAUUUGUGUCUUAUUGAUAGACAUUUGGUUGUUCCCGGGGGUUCUGCUAAUUCAAACAAUGCUGCUUAGGAGCAUUCUUGUGUCUAUCUCUGGGGCAGGUAUCUUGAGUGUUUUUCUAGAGGAUGUUCCCCGGAUUGGGUAGGAGCACCUUGAGAUUCAGUAGACUUUGCCAAAUUCCCAUCCAAAGCAGUUGUGCCCAUUUUUCCCGCCGCGAAGUACAGGUAAGAGUCUGGUGCUCCACAUCUCACCGGCACUUGGUACCACAGCCUUAACUUUCUUGCCUCUCUGACGGAUGCCCCUGUGUCUUGGCCCUGUUAGGAGGCUACAAAUCGGAAGAUGGAGCAGCUUAGACAGGAAUACAUGGAAAUCAAGGUGCUCAUUGAUGCCGCAGAGGCCACCUCCACACGGAAGAUAAAGGAAGAGGAGAAGAGGGUCAAUACCAAGUUUGACAACAUUUACCAGAUCCUUCUCAAGAAGAAGAGUGAGAUCCAGGCUCUGAAGGAGGAAGUUGAACUUGCCCUGACCAAGGGGGACGAGUUUGAGUUUCUGGAGAAAGGGAUAAAACUGCAAGGUGUCUCCACAAAGCCAGUCUACGUCCCCAAGGUGGAGCUGAAUCAGGAGCUGAUAAAGAGUGUCUCUCAGGGCACCUCAGACCUCAAAGACGAGCUGAAGCGGUAUAUCAGGCAGGCCCAGGACAAGAAGCCCGAGGAACCCACUGGCUCAGGGAACCCCGGAGAGCAUGGCCCAGCAUCUACGCCCAAACCCACACACUUUGCAAAAAAGUUCCCGAAAGAAGAAAAGAGACCCAAGAAACCUUCCCCUGCCUCUGCCUCAGCCACCAAGAUGCCCACUUUUGGAGCCCCGGAAGAGUUACUGGAACUAAAGCAGUCCAGCCUGGAGAGUGUAGGCAAAGCCACCACCGCGCAGCUGAAUGCGGCGGCCCUCAAGGCCAAGGUGCUGGAGACCUUCUUAGCCAAGUCCAGGCCCGAGCUCCUGGAGUAUGCCGUUAAAUUCAGCCUGGACUACAACACCGCCCACAACAAGGUGGCGCUGUCGGAGAACUACAGUGUCGCCUCUGUGGCCGACUCACCCCUGAACUACCAGCCGCAUCCCAAGAGGUUCGUGUACUGCUCUCAGGUGCUGGGCCUGCACUGCUACAAGAAAGGGAUCCACUACUGGGAGGUGGAGCUGCAGAAGAGCCACUUCUGUGGGGUGGGCGUCUGCUACGGCAGCAUGCCACGCCAGGGCCCCGAGAGCCGGCUCGGCCGCAACAGCGCCUCGUGGUGCGUGGAGUGGUUCAACACCAAGAUCUCUGCGUGGCACAACAACGUGGAGAAGACGCUGCCCUCCACCAAGGCCACGCGGGUCGGUGUGCUUCUCAACUGUGACCAUGGCUUUGUCCUCUUCUUUGCCGUCGCCGACAGGGUCCACCUGAUGUAUAAGUUCAAGGUGGACUUCACGGAAGCCCUGUACCCGGCCUUCUGGGUGUUCUCUGCUGGUGCCAUGCUCUCCAUCUGCUCCUACAAGUAGGCAGGCCCCGGACGCGGGCCUCUGCGGGCCCCAGACUGUGGGGGGCAGAGCUGCAGCGGGACCUCUGAGGGACCAGGGGUUGAGACUGUGGGAGGGGACCUGGUGGGAGGCGGGGGCCGGGGGAUGGGGUAAGAGGAGAGAUCUGGCCAGGGGAAGGGGUGGGGGUGAUCGUGUGCUGGGCCAGGAAGCAUUGCCACCUCCUGGUGCCCAUUAGGGCAGGGUGACCUCCUCCCCCUUGUUCUGGUAGGUCUCUGGCUGCUGGCAGUGGGGCGGGGCUUUGGGGGGUAAAAUCGUUAGUGCCCUUUCCUCUUGGAGGGAGUCUGUAGCCACCGUGCGCUCCUCAGGCGAUGUGGUGUGAGCCCCUUUGCUCUCUGGAUCAGCCUUCGGUUCUUAGCAUUUUGAUUCCUCCCUAUAGGGCUAUUCAAUGCAAUAGAUUGUUUAAAAAUUCCAAAGUAAUUGAAUUUCAAUUAUUCACCCCCCCGCCCCUCCCCCUGCCCACCUGCGGGCAUUCGGGUGUAUGCUCAGACCCUGGUUAUUUUCUGUCCUUAAGAGAAACUACACAUGUCGGGUCUCCACCCAGAUCAGAGUUUCUGGAAGAAGUGUGUUCUCUCCCUCCACUGGCAAAUAGGCCUGCCCCCCUUCCUCUCCUCGUACCUCACACCCCGUCGAUGGCUUUCAGAUGUUUAAUGCAACAGGAAACUUUUCAGGCUAAGGUUUCGAACCAUGAUCUGAAUCAGCCUUUGUGGAAUUUGUGAUUCAAGGUCAAGGUGACCCAGGUCCCACAGAUGGAAACCCCUCCCAUUUCCCACUCUUGGCUGACAUUCUUUGGCUGUACCCACAGAGCCUUGGGGAGGCCUUCUUCCCAUAGCUUAGGCUUUGGGACAAGGAACUCCCCUGGGCAAGAGCGACCCUGCUCUGGGUUGACAGAACGUGGUGGUUUUGCUCUUAGUAGAGUGUCGUCUUGCCUUCUUACUGAUAACUGGGCUCUGUGGUAGCCUCUCCUCCCCAGGACUGUGAGAUCCUGGACUGGCUGGUGGAGAUCCCACGGUGGCCAGCACAGUCGAGUGGACAGCUAGGCUUGCUAUCCGUAGCCUGUAAUCGCACAAACAGGUCAUGCGGGGCUGCCUCCCGGACCACGCUAGCUCACCUGCUGGGGUGACUACCUGUGGCCCAAAGCAUCUUCUGGCAGGUCCUAGGAAACAUCAGCAUUCCUGUUUAUCCCUGGCCACAGGCUGCACCCCCCGGGGCUGGCCCUCACGGGAGUCAGAUGCCUGCCGCUGGCUCUAGCCCCUUCUCUUUGCCUCCUUUGAGCUAAUUCCAGAUGGGGGGUUGACCAGGCUAGGGGAGCCAGAGACUUUAAGGGCCAGGGAGAGAACGCACUACAGGGCCCAAGCACAAGGGGCUAACUUUCCUGCAGUGCUUCUGUGCAGUGAAAAUGAUCCCAGUCCACGAAGGGGAAGGAAGGAAUGGAUUGCCAGAAUUUCCCAAGCUCCUUAUAUCCUGAUGUUGUCAGGAUAUAAAUUCCCAAUCCAAAAGUGGGAGGAAUUUAACCUCCUGUUGGUGAGAUAAAUCCUGCUCUGGACUUUCCUAAGAGGGGGAGCUCAGAUCAGGCUCUUUGUGGUAUAAAAAGGAGGUCACCAUUGGGGACGUGGGGACCCCAGACCUCUUCUAUGAGUAUUUGAGAAUGUAACACAUCUCUGGCCUCGAGCUGGAAUUCCAGGGCACUCCCAUCGAGCCCUGAGCACUGGAAAUUCCUGAUGGGUGUGUUGAUCUGUGUCCUCUCCUGGCAAGGACUUCCACUUCCUUGGGAGGGAGAUCAUCUUUGUAGGGAAGAGAUCCCUGCAGUAGCCGAGAUGUAGUUUUUUUAGAAGUUUUCUUCCUUUGAUUCUGGGAAGAAGAGUUCUUUGGUGAUUCUUCUCUGCUGUUGGCCCAGGUCAAAAGCAUCUUCAUUGAUCCUCUGAAACAAAAGCCUUGCCUGAAGCCAAUUUGGCUUGGGAGACAGCUGGGCUGAGAGGAGGAGAAUGCUGGCGGGGAGUCCGUGGGUCCUGCUGUGGCUCUCUUCUGUGGACCUCAGAGCAACAGAGCGCGCCUCCCCCGCGCGUUGUCCCAGCCUCGGGACGGGGCAGAUACUUCCCUCUGUGUGUGAGAGAGGCAAGUGGGUAGCCCGCGCUGAACUCUGUGCAAGGGGCUCUGGAGAUGGAAACCCUUGGCUGUACUGAGCCAUCCUGUGUGCAGCGGUGAGACGUAAGUUCCCUCGCCACUGCCCAGGGCACAGUCCUCAAGGUUGGGGCAACUUUGCAUUCAUCUGACUUCUCGUUUUGCAAAGUCAGUCAGAUGAGGAGGUAUUGGAUUCCUCUGCUCACUACUCUUGCCAUCCCGUCAUGGAGGAGAUGCCACCUAGAUGCACCCCGGCGCCCUGGGGAAGAGUCAGAAAUCCCCAGAAACACAAACAUAAAACUACGACCCCAGACGCAGGCGUCAGGGACCGACGCAGUCACUCUGGCAUGAGCAGGUCAGGGUCGGGUGUUUGUAUUAUUCAAGACCGGUUGGUGCCUCUGGCUUCAUUACUCUGAAAUGGAUCUGUGACCUGGAACUAAUAUUGGGACAUCAUUUCUUUAUCCCGCCUCCCCCCACUAUUGACUUUAGUUAAUUCAGAGUAUUUGAGCUAUUAUUUCAUGAGCUGAUUUUUUUAAGGAGUCGACUCUUCAGGAGACAAUUAGGGCCGUAGGCACCGAUCUUUUGAAAACCAUGAGAACUACUAGGGCCAAGGCUGGUUGACCUGCCUUAGAACCUGUGAAUGUAACAAAGCAGUAUCUGGCACUUUUUCUUGCAGCCCAGACAUCGUAUGCAUUGUCUACACACACUGAAAAGUAUAGCACUUUCUCAGUUCUGGGAGUUCUCAUGAAUUUCGUUUUUGUUUUGUUUUGUUUUCGUGAAUUCUUGAGCCCGAGGGAGGUGCUGUGUCAUAGACUGGAUGUUUCUCUUGCUUCAACAAUCAUGUGUUGAAACCUAACCCCCAAUGCGGUGGUAGGGGUGGGGGGAUUAGGUCAUAAAAGCAGAGCCCUCAUGAAUGAGAUCAGUGCCCCUAUAAAGAGACCCCCGUAGAGCUCCCUCACCCCUUCUGCCAUGUGGGGACAUAGCAGGAAGACAGCUGUCUGAACCAGGAAGCUGUUCCUCACCAGGCUUUGAAUCAACCAGCCCUGGAUCUUGGCUGGAUUUUCCAGCCUUCAGAACUGUGAGAAAUAAAUGUUUGUGAUUGAA